UAUAGAUUGAAGAUGCAUGCAAAGGUCUAAUCAGCCUUAUGGGCACCCUUCACUGCCACAUUCAUUCAUCUGAGGCGCUAUUCGCCAGAUUAUGCCUUGCUCCAGGACAGUUCCCUUUAGCGGUGAUCAGCCCUUGGCAAGCGCAAGGCAAGGUGCUACCACCAUUGAUUGUAGCGCCUUCAUCUCUGUCUCAGCUCAAGGCACUUCCAUGUGACAUUUGUCGCUGGUACAACUUUUAUAAAUACCCUUUGCCUUUGGCGAUCCUUCAAUGAAACACCCAACUUAUCUCUGCGUCAUACCACUCUCCAUCUUUCCCUCCUUUUGACUAUAACUUAACAUCAUCUCGAUCCAUCAACGUUAUCUCAACAGCAACAAUGACACUCCCUCAGCUUCAAACCGCGCCGCAUCAGGUCGGCAUCUUCCCGAGCUUCAUCGCCAAUCAGACUGAGACUCUUGUCCUCAGAGAAAAGGUUAUGUCUCUCAGUGGCGAUAACUUCGAUAUUAAGCUUGCCAAUGGCCAACCUAUCCUUAAGGUGGAGGGUAAGGUGAUGAGCAUCUCUGGGCGCAAGAAGGUCUACGACAUGAACGGCAACCAUAUCUUUUCCAUCGUCAAAGAGCACUUUCAUAUCCACACCACGUAUGUUGUGGAAGAUCCUCGAGGUCUUAAACUCAUGGAAGUAAAGAGCAGCUUCCAGCUCCUCGGUUCCAAGGCUACAGCCACAUUCAAGUCGAUUGAUGGCACAGCAGAGGUUCUCGAGAUGAAGGGUAGUUGGUUCGACUAUGCCGCCGACAUCUUUGACAAGUCCACAAACACCGUGGUCGCACGUAUCGAUCGCAAACUUCUCAGCGGUCGCGAUGUGCUAUUUGGCCAACAGACAUAUGCUCUCAUAGUUGCGCCCGGUGUCGAUAUGGCUCUCAUGGCAGCAUUGUGCAUCUGCAUGGACGAGAAGAACAACGAGAAGUAAGCCCUUGUUCCCUCAUCAUGACGGAAAGGGCUGUAUAGAAGGGCUCGAUGAAGGAUGUUUGUGAUACCCGGAGGACUGCACGAUGGAUCGAAUGAGUAAUGCUCGGGAUUGGAUGAGACCUGUUUUGAGAAUCAGCAUUACUAGGCUUCAAGGUUUAUAUCCUAUGAUUGAGAAAUGAGACUGAACGAUUGUUUUUGAUGGCCAUACUCAAAUGCUCAACAUGGUGACAGAACUUGAGUCAACAUGUGCCUGAUCAUCUACAAGAGGACUUGAGAUGGAGAGACUUAUCAAGAGCAAGCAAAGAUUGCUAUUAUUCCGUUAACGAAUCAAGUCUAACU